AUGGAAGCACUCGAAAAAGAAAAUAAGGAAGGUGUGGGGAAUCCGAAGACGUUGAAACUGGCCAAGGACAUUACGAGUGCAGAACAAGGAUACCGUCGUGGAAUCCAGGAUUUGGAAGAAAUUCGACAACGUUUCCAAUUAGUACGAGAGCAAACCCAAAAGACAUGCGAACGCGUCGAAUGGGACAGGGUAUUGGCGCUCAAGAACGCUCUAGGAACCUAUACGGAAGCAGAAGGCAAACUCAUGAAAGUCGGUGGAGAAGCUGUGGAUCGAUGCAGCAUUUUCGUGGAAUGCAUGUCGCCCCAAGUCGAUUGUCACUUUUUUGUGGCCGAUUUUAUGAGGAUUUGGCCGGAUGCUACGCCAAUGUAUUAUGAGAGUUACACGCAUGGGAUUGCCAAAGAUAUGGUGUUUGGAGUUCCGCUUGAGACACUUUUGAGAGCUCAUCCCGGGAGUGGGAUUCCAGCUGUUCUGUACAAGUGCGUUCGAGCCGUUGAGGCAAGAGGACUGGACAAGGAGGGCAUUUACCGCGUAUCAGGCAAACACUCGGACGUCCUCGAGCUCAAACUCCGAGUCGAAAAAGACGUGCAUUCCGUCAAUUUGGAAGAUGAGAGUUGGGAUGUACAUGUGAUUGCAGGGUUGGUUAAAAUGUACUUGCGACAAUUACCUGUUCCUGUUUUUCCGUUUCCUGCUAAAGAGCGGACAGAGUAUUCUCAAAUUGCGGAUGAAAAGGAGCGGGUGUUGAGGUUGCGCGCGAGAGUCAAGGCGUUACCUAGGAGCCAUCAUACGGUUCUAAAGUUCUUAGCGGAGCAUCUUGCAAAGUACGUGUUUCCUUAUUACUGUCGUUAA